AUGCCGUUGCGUUGGGGUAUUGUGAGUGCGGCUAAAAUUAGUCAUGACUUCGUCACCGCUUUCAAUUCGUUUCCUGAUAGAGGAGAUGCUGUAAUUGCUGGCGUUGCAGCAAGGGAUAAAAACAGAGCUACAGAUUUUGCUAAAAUUCAUGACAUUCCUCAUGUAUUCGACACUUACGAAAAAAUGGCAAAGAGUUCUGAAAUAGAUGUUGCUUAUAUCGGUUCAUUGAAUCCUCAACAUUACGAUCUCGCAUAUCUGUUUCUAAAUUCUGGAAAACACGUUCUUUGUGAGAAGCCCCUUUGUUUGAACUACAAGCAGACACAAAGUUUAAUCAAUCUCGCAAGAUCGAAGAAACUCUUUUUAAUGGAAGCAGUGUGGUCAAGAUUUUCGCCGGCGUACAUUGCACUCGAAAAGGAAAUAAGCAAUGGAAAGUUAGGAGAAAUUAAAUACGUUGACGUCGCAUUUGGAGUUCCCAUUGUAAACCACGAUAGAGUAAGUAAAAAGGAAUUGGGAGGAAGUGCUCUACUUGAUAUAGGAAUUUACACUAUACAAUUUGCUCAAUACAUUUUCAAAGAUGACCCUAUCAAAGUAACAGCGUGCGGGGAAUUAAACGACGGAGGUGUGGAUGAAGUGUCCACUAUAGUUCUAGAAUACUCUGGACGCCGCCGAGCGGUUCUAAAUAUUAAUGCAACACUACGACUUUUGAACAAUGCAAAUGUUUAUGGGACUCAUGGAAGAGCAACUCUGGAGGAUCCAUUCCAUUUUCCAACUAAACUAACUCACGGAGACGGAAAGGUGGACGAUUUUCCCUUACACCCGCCAAAACUUGAGCUUAACUUUGAAAAUAGUACCGGUUUGGUCUACGAAGCUCUAGAAGUCGAAAAAUGUAUUAGAAAGGGUUUGGUGGAAUCUCCAAGAAUGACGCACAGGAUGAGUCUCACUCUAGCCAAAAUUGAGGAUGAAGUAAGAAAACAAAUUGGGGUCCACUUUGAUGCUGACGAUAUAGAUUACCCUUAA